CUUCAGGCUGGGUUUGGUUUCAGAAAGAAAACGUCCGAGCUUAUGCGAUGGAAGAAGGUUUCCCUUUCCAUUUUUUGUGGUCAGAUGUGACAUUUUCUGUGCUGUCUCUGUUUCUGUUCCUCGUGGACAUUGCACUGGACGUGUGGGCUAUCGUGUCCCUUUAUGAAGAGCAGAAAUACUUCUCCAUGGGUUUGUUAAUAUGCAUUUUACUCAGUUCCUCAGUUCUACUACAGAUCUUCAGCUGGCUCUGGUACACAGAUUCUUCCAAAAACCUGGAGACUAAUGUCGAGAAAUUCAUCAGUAGACACGGUUUAAUGAAUAUAGUGCACAUCUUUCAGCUCGGAGUCUUCGUCAGGUUUGCAGCCGUAAUGGAGAUCUCAAUUACCAGCAUUAAACAGGGUGAACUUUUAAAAGAAGGAAUUGCCGUGUACCUGAAUCACGACCUCAGCAUGCUGCGUCUUUUCGAGGCAUUCUCUGAAAGCUCCCCACAGCUCAUCCUGAUGAUGGCACUCAUCAUAGAGAUGCCAGAACUGCAUUUUUUCACAGUCAUCAAAAUCCUCGCCUCUCUUUCCUCACUCUCCUUUACCGUGUUAUCCUUCCAUCGCAACAUGCGUGCGCUUGUCCCUCAGAAGUUUAGGAUGGGAUGGACUUCCUCAGUAAUCUACUUCUUAUGGAACUUGCUUCUGAUAGGCCCACGUGUAGUAUGCGUGUCUCUAUUUGCUUCCGUCCUGCCCUGCUACAUUGCUGCUCACUUCCUGUCCCUGUGGAUGCUGCUUUUCCUCUGGGCCUGGUGGCAGAACACAGACUUCAUGGACUCUAAAUCUGGAGAAUGGCUGUACCGAGCCACUGUAGCCCUCAUCUGGUACUUCAGCUGGUUUAAUGUAACAAGUGGAAAUACAAAACACAAAGGAAUUAUCUACCAUGUGGUUAUGGUGAUGGACAUGAUGCUGCUGCUGGGAUUGUGGUGGUGGAGAAGAUCUGUGGAAUCAGCUCGUCUUAGUCCACUACCUAUUAAUCCUUACCUACUUAUUGCUCUGUUAAUGUUCAGUUACAUUUUAGGAAUCGUAUUGAGACUAGUUUAUUACUGGAAAUUUCAUCCCAAACAACGGGAAUUACAGUUGCAUGAGAAAGAAAAGGAGUUACAGUUCAAUAUGGAUAAAUGGAAAUUUCUUCCUAAAAAAACAAUUUUGCUGAACCAGCUACACGUCGGAGAUAAGAAACCACAGUAUAGAGUAAUGCUACAAAGUUUAGGUAAUCUAGAGAAGGACUCGACUGAGACAGAGGAACCUGAACCUCUAUUUGAAACUGUUACUGUUACACCACCAACCCAAAAGGAUUUAACAGGGGUCCAAAAACGAAUGAAAAUCAUGGCUGGGAAUUUUUACUGCUGAUCCAGAUUUUCGGUCCAGAUGUACUGCUGAUGCAGAUUCCUAGUAUUUUAUUUUCCAGCAUUAUAUUUUUUUCUACGUAAACAUGUGUAAAUAAAAUGUAUGUUUUAUGUAUGCACAUUUUAUUCUACAGUCUCUUAGGCUGUCCACCUUAUGGCACUAAUAGGAUCAUGUACUUGUUUGUGCACCUCAUGUACAGUAACUUAAGUUCCAACCUGUAUAUAGAAUAAACAUGUGCAUAAAAAAACAGUGUAUUAUUAUUUUGCAACAUUUUUACCUUAUCGAUGUACUUUAAUGUGCCGUUCUCAGAUUCCCAUCUGACUGUACUAUUGUAAAUAGUGUAGCAUAAACUUUUUUUAAAUUUUAAAUAAAAAUGUUAUGAAUUUAUAAUUUAUUAAUCGGGGGGUUGACUGU